AUGUUGCAAAAUGGCGAGGCUUCUCUCCGAGACCAUGAUGAAAAUGGUGCAUCCCUGUUGUUUUAUUCAAUGAAGCAGCCAGAGAUGUGCAAGUUUUUGAUUGAAGAGGGUCUCGAUGUCGACCAUGUAGCGUUCAAGUCGCGAUCACUACCUAAUCUUAGCUCUUCGAAUUGCUUACAAAGUACCAUGGUCGCGUUUGAUUCACAUGAGUCCAAGACGGAUCUGAAGUCUAUCAAUGCAUGCCGUAGGCUACUGUUGACUGCAGGAGCUGAUCCAACGUACGCGACAAAUUAUGAAAGCUUCCUCGACUCCGUCACUACCCAUGCAAAUGAAGAGGAAACUCUCUCAUUGGUUUGGAAUUCAGGACUUAUUGCUCCUUUUGCGACCUUUCAGAACUGGCGCACCCGCAACGGCAUGUCGCCAUUUCUAAAAGCAUGCACUCGACUAGAUACCAACAGAGAAAUCAUCAGUCACUUCCUUAAGAUGGGGGCAUGUAUUGACGACCGAGCAUCAGACGGAGCAACCUGUCUUCGAUUAGUAUUGGAUUGUACUGACUCAACCAUCGUUGCUUUUGAGCGCCUGACGCUUCUUCUCGAACAUGGCGCAGAUCCCUUCGCAGAAGAUAACCAAGGUAUUUCUAUCUCAGAGGCUGCCUACAAUAAGCUUGGUCUGAGAGAUGAGAUACUCGGGAGCUUUGGGGAUGUCUGGGAUGCGGCGUUGCAUGUAUCCGGUUGGGACAUACGGCAAUUUCGCACAAUCCGGCGUCGCAAACCGAGAUAUGACUCGUUCUAUACCCGCGCAGAUUUCGAGGAGCUUUGGAGAGGACGGGAAGAUGAGUGUCCCUACUGUGACGACAGACCAUGGCCGCCUUUGGGACCUGGGGGAGAAGACAGCGACUUCGAUCGGGACGACAUAUCAUGCUUUGAACUCUCGGAUUCUGAUAUCUCAGAUCACGAAUACCGGUUAGACAAUGAUAGCCGGAUGCAGGAAGUUUGGUCUGACUCUGAGGAUGAAGAUGGCGGCGCUCUACUAUAG